GUGUGGAGGCCCUGUGAUUUCCACACGGGCAGCAGGGGGCCUCUACACGGCCGUGCGAAGGCCUCGGCCAGCCCGUGUGGAAUUCUCGGCGCCACACGAGCAAAAACCCAAUUCACACGGCCGUGUGGCUUGCCCGUGUGGCCAGAAAUUCAAUCACCCCUCGCGGGAAUCCUCUCCCCCUCGCUGGAAAACCGCGCCCUUUCAUCUUUUUGGCGAUUUUCCGGCCAUCUUUGGUCGAUUUCUAACCAAACCAACACCACACCCAGCCUUCCCACCCCAUUUUCGGCCUAUCCCUCGAUUUGAGGCGAUUUGGACCGUUUUUGGGUCGCCAGAGGCGAUUUCCUGCGAGACUCCGGCGAGCAUUUUCGGGUCGAAUUUUGAGCUUCCGUCGCUUCCAUUGCCUUCCCCUGAUCAUCCCCUACACCUCUACUUGUGUCUCCAAGUUUGAUUUUGCCCUUUACCUUGUGAAUUGUGGAGAAUUGGGUGUUAGGGUGUAUGUUUAGAGAAUCACUAUGAAUUGUGUGAAUUGUGUGCAAUUGAUUGAGGGGAAGGCUUGGAUUAUGUGUGGAUUAUGUUGGGAAAUGUUUCCCAUGCUUCAUUGUGCCCUUGUGUGCUAGGAAUUUGCCCAUUCUAUGCUUAACUUAAAAGUGCACAGAAGGUGUUCGAUGAAAUGCCAGUUUUUCAUACCAUUUUGUGGAAUCCGGUUGAGGCCCUUAAUGAUGUGCUUUGAUGAUGUAUUUGCUAUGGAUGUGAACCUUAAGUUGCCUAAUUUAUUGUGGAUGUGCACCCCCACCCAGAUUGUGCUUUUUUGAUCGAGUUAUUGACCCCCGAACUAUGGAUGAAACUAUGGUUCGGCUGUUUUCUGUUAUCAAGUGUGGGGGUGUGAUUAACCUUUUCUAUGGCUCUUUUGGCUCCACUUUGGUUUGCUCUCUUGCAGGACCAUGUCGAAACCCGAACUCAAGCAUCCAUUCAUCCGCGAUUUGAAGAGGGGCCCCCACAAGGAUAGCUUUAAGCGCGUCCUGGCCUCCAAGUUUGGGAAGCAUCACUACUGGUCCAGGAGGGAGUUUGAGAAGUUGCAUGGCUACAAACACUUCCUCGCCAUUUCCACCAACCGCACAUGGCUCCGUAUGUUGUCUAUUCGUGAGAAGGUCUACCACGAGCUGGUGCUCGAGUUCUAUACAACCUUCUGGCACGAAGAUACAACCGAAUGGGCGGACAGUAAAGCUGUCAAGUUCAGGCUCAGCGGUGAGCCCCGCUCCAUGAGCUACCACGAUUUGGCGGUCGCUCUCGAACUCGGCCUGGACGAUGACGAGGACAACGUCACCGAGCUCCACAAUCUAGAGAGUGUUAAUUUCAAGGUGCUAUACACCCUCCUAGCUCAGUCUGGUCAGCCUCCCUUCCAUGCAGGGCGGAUGAAGGCUAGUACCCUGCAGCUUGAUAACUUCAUUCUCCACAACAUGCUAGGAAAGUCCUUCACUCCAGCUGGGGACAGUGCCAGCACCCUCACCAGGAGGUACAUGUACUUCAUCCAUUCCAUCCGCACGGCGGACCAUCCUCACCACCUGGGUUCUAUGGUGGCCAAGACUCUGGACAAGAGUGCUUUACAAUUGGGGACCCUCCACUGCACCCCCCUCAUCACCCGCCUGGCCACCUACUUCCAGAUCCCACUGCAGGGUUGCACAGAGCAGGGGGACACUAGUGUCUUCGGCAAAGACACUAUCUCGAAGAUGCACCUGCUGAGAGUCGAGCGUGCCAUCAAGUGGAUCGCAGGGUUUCCUGCUCCACCACUCCUUGCGGAGGAUCAGCCCGAUGUUCCUGAGGAUGAGGCCACUGAGUAUGUCCACCCUGAUGAUGUGGAUGCUGCUGAUGCCCCCCGCCAGACCAACUUUGAGUACGGGGGUGCCAGUUCUACUUUUCCAUCCCAGGACUACUUCACUCACCAGUUCCAUCAGCCGAGUCUACAGAAUCAGCAACUCCUCGACCAUCAUCUCCAGUUCCAACAACAGUACUCGGCUCACCAGGCUGAGUAUAAUACCCGGAUGGCUGCAUAUGAUGAGCGCCUCGACAACAUGGAGGCCCAGCAGGGGGUGACCCUUGCUCACAUCGAGAGGGAGCAUGGCUGGUCUCGGUGUAUGCAAGAGGUCCAGCAGCACCUGCUCCAGCUGAUACCGAGCGAGCAGCCAGUGUGGCGGACUCACUGGGAGGACUCUCCAUUUCCACCCCCGUCAGCCAAUGAUGAUGCCUUCAUGGAUGACAUCGUCGCCACUUCGCGUGUGUUUUCGUUUAAGACUUUUCUUGUUGCUCCAUGUGUGUGCGGAGCUUGAACUGAGUCUUUGUAUUGGUUGGAAUCUAUAUAUGUGUGCUUGGAGCCUAGUCUGCUAUCCUAAAUCUCGAGAUUUGAGGGCUCCAAGUACUGAGGUUUUCAAGAUCAUAUUGGCACUGUGGAUUUGAUUGGUGAAUAGAACGGCUUUCGAAUUAUUGCAUGACAGCUUGGUUGUAACUAGGACAACCUAUGAUGAUGACUGAGACGUGCAGUAGAAUUGUGUAGGGGUUCAGUUUUUUCAACUGUUUGCUUACCGACUGUGACUUGGAUUGAUCACUUGCUCUUGACAGUCGUUUAUGCAUCUAGUUCAGGGAAUUAGAAUGAGAGAUAGAGCAUAUAGGUAGCCACGUGAGAUUUGAGCUUGCUCAUUUCUUUCUUGUGCGAUUGAUCCCUCUUCCAUGAUGUGUAGCAUUCAAGUUGUUACUAGCUAAGAUGAUGGACUGUCCUGGUGUGUCAUACCACCUAGUCAACCCCUUUGAGCCGUGUACUUUUCUUUAUUUCGGUCUACAAUGGAAAAUCACCCUUUUGCAUCUCUUAGAAGGUUCCACAGAGUGGUUUUUGCAUGUUCUCUGCUGUUUCUGCUAAAAAUAAUGUGAGGGUUGGAGGUAGUUCUUAAAAGUUGCGCAUUUGUUUGAAAAAUGUGCAGAGGUGGUGGUUCUUUCAAGAAAUGAAAAUAAAAAGAAAAAAUGAAUGAAAGCAAAAGAGAGCCACCACCAAAAAUCUGAAUAAUGCUCAUUAAGUAGUGUUUCUUAGCAGUCUGGCUGAGAAAUAUUAACAUUAUUGUGACCUCCUUCGCUCUUGUGCUCUAGAGAAUUUGAGUAAUGCAGAAUGGCAGAAAGAAAGUUACUGGUUUGAUUGGUUGUGAAUGUGUUGGGUUGGGAACUCUAGAACCUUGUGCUAUGAAUACUUCCACCACCUAAAAGGCUUUUUCCCCCAUGUCCAAGACCCUAGCCAGUCACUUGAACCUGUGUCUAAGACCUCCGGAUUAGUUAGUGGUGACAUCCCUUGUGUGAACUCUAACAUUUAGAGGCUGUCAUCAUGGUGAAGAGACUUUCCUUGUUCUUUAUGCUCAUUACCCCGGUGAGGACCUAGAUUGCUCGGUCUUGAUUCUGAUGUCUUGAGUUUGAUGCAUGCAAUGACUGUCUUGAUCAAGUGGUUGAGUCAAGUCUAUUUUGGUUGGUGAACAGAAAGGAUUCCUCUUCCUUUUCCCGAUUUUGCUGCACUCGAAUGUCCUCUGUGGUGGUUGUCUAGGUUGUUGUUGAGUUGUCCAUAUGUCAAUGAUCAAAAGCCAGUAUGAUUCACGUGUUUUGUGCCUUCAUGAUUUGUCCCCAAAGUUAGUAUGAUUGAAAUAUGUUGAGCUUACCUUGUAUCUAACUUGGUUUACUUGGGGACAAGCAAACGAUUAAGUGUGGGGGAAUUUGAUGACUUCAUAUAUACACAUGUUUUUAUCUACCAUUCUUAUGCCAUUUGAGCCUCAUUUCUCGUAUCUUAGGCCGAUUUCACUCUAGGUUGUUCUCGUUUUUGUUAUUUUAGGUCUUGGUACAUUAUUGGAGGUUUGAGAGCAAGUUCCGGGUCGAUUGGAUGAAAGUUGGACGUCUGGCGAGGAGCUGAGGAAUCCACUUGGCCAGACCUAGCAGCCACACGGUCAUGUGCUGUGGCCGUGUGGAAUCCCAUUACGCGACCAAGCCACACUGGCCGUGUAUUGGACCCCUUGUAGCCGUGUGGAAAGUCCAGGGAGCUCACACGGUCAGACUGGAAAUCCACACGGCCGUGUGCUUCUGGCCGUGCAGCGCGCCUGAAGACCACUAAUUGAAACGUGGCAUUUUCACAUCCACACGGGCAGACUGGAAAGCCACACGGCCGUGUGACCUAGCCGUGUGGUCGGGAAAUUCUGGGUUUUAACCCAAUUUCGAGCCAAAGGAGAGGGAAUCGAGUUUUUGGGCAAAAAACAGAGCUUUAGAGAGAGAAAGUGCGAAGAACCAACCCUAGGAGCUAUUUGGAGUGGAUUUCUCACCAUUGAAGCCCAGAUUGCAUCCCCAGGAGUGAAGAUCGACAUCCCAGAGAAGAUUAUCCUCAUCUUUAUGAGUAUGACUACUCUGAUUUCUAUUUUCCUCUCUCUCUAUGGAGUAGAACCUUCUCUCACUUGGGUAUGAAGAACCCUAGUUCCAUGUGUUAGGGAUCUUGAUUGUAAUGACUUGGGAUUGUUAUACUAAUUGGUUAUAAUCAAUUGAUGCAUGAUUCAUUGAGUCAAUUGAAGUCUGAUCAUCUUUUCUUGAUUUCUGCUGCAACUUGAGAUAGAUAGAAUCUGAUUAGGUUGUUAGAGCUUCAUCAAUCGGUAGUGGUAGAUUGGCUAUACGAGAGUUAAUCGAUUUACUGCUUUGUACUGGAGUCCAAUUCCAGUAGUGGAGUUUUGUGUUCAUAGCCUCAGCUUUCUAUCCCAGUGAAGACUAGUCGUCUGUCGGGUAGUUGGACUGAGAGGGCUUGGUCAGCUUAAGAGAUUCCAAGCUACUUUCGGAUCUUCCGCAGUAUAAUCAACAGUAAAGCAUCCAGAAGUAAUUACAACUGUGACCUAACUAAGGAGCUAGGGGGACUCAUUCCCGAGUGACUCUCCUCUUGCUAAAGAACUUUGAACCAUUUCCUGCUUUCUUACUGCUUUUAGUUAAAACCACAAUCACUCGACUUAGUUUCCUAGAUAAUAAAUAAUCACGGAGUAGGCAGUAGAUCUAGGCCCCGGGUUGACAAAUAGAGCUUGCCACUUACUGCAUUUCCAGACUGCGAUUGCACUUGGUCGCAGUUUGGUGUUGUGUUUAAGCGUGUCACUAGGCUAUGGCAUGGCUAGUGCAAUAGGAUCAUAGAAUGUAUGUUUAUGAUUGUGAAUGUGUGUUUGGAGGCCUUGGUGGGCUUUAUUACUAUGAACUUGUGGAGUUUGAAUGUCUCCCACCAAGUGCUCGAUGAAAUGCCCAAACCACAUAGAACUUGUUUUGCUUGAUCCAUUGCUUUUCAAUUGAACUUGUUUGAUUAAUAUAUACCCUUAGGAUUUUGGUUAUGAUUUGAGAUUUAGUCUUUGAUGCAUGAUCCUUGAGUUUGAAAUUUUGGCUCACUUUUAAUUGUGUGCUUCGAUAUGCUUUUAGAGCCAAGAGUUCAAGCUUUGGUUGUUUUCUAAUGAUUGGAUUCUAGCCUUUGGUCGGGGUUUAGAAACCUCUUGAAAGAAAUGACACCCUGGUAUUCAUGCAUCUAGACCUCAACCCUAGUCAUUUCAACAUGCAUUUCUACCUAUGCACCUCUAGUUUCUACAUUGUAACACGUAAGUGUGGGGGUGUAUAGAGUGAACCUAAGGAUGAAUUUUGUUGUUUAAUUGAUCAAGUGAGUUGCCUAAUAUUUUGUUAGAACAUGUUUCAUUAUUUUUCUUUUCUAAUGGUGAUCCAACCGAGGGUGAGAGUGCUAGUUCUCUUAGCCCUCAACAACGAAGGAACCGGAACCGCCCAUAAUGAGAAGGACUACAAAUUUGAAGAUAAGAACAAUAACCUCAAAUCGAAGAGCAACCACAACAAAUCAACCAAUGGCGGCGACUACAAGCUAUGAUGGACCAUCUCCGCAAGAAAGAACCUCUGAUGUGCAACUACCAUAUGCUCAAACCAUGCAUCAAAGUCAACUUGAAAUCUAGGGGCCGAUUUCUAUCUUUUAUUUUUCUUUGAUUUUCUUUAUUUUCAUUAAAGUAAUGUUUAAUUA